AUAGAGAUCAUAACAACAAUUAUACCACAUCGCUCUUGAAUUCUAGAAGGCGAUUGGUCACAAGGUUCUUUCUAAUAUCCUAUAGUUUCUAUAGUAACAGCUCAAGGUAUUAUAUGAUGGAUGCGUCACAUAAUCUAAACUUAAUAAUAACUGAUGCGGUAUAAGAGGAAAAACACUUCUAGACAUACAGUUAUAAGAAAAUAAUUAAUUUCAGGGUGUUAAAGUAUAAUAAGCUUCACAGUACGCUUUGCAUUGGGUCGAAUCUCUCCACAACAUUGUUGAUUAUUUUCUAUAUCAGCACGCCCUAUUCUGCUUUAUUUCUUACAUAUCAUUGUGCCAAAGCCUGGACUGAAUUCAAAUUUCAUGAGAAGGCUUCUAUGAUUUGACAAUCUGAUUCCCUAAUGCUAUGAGAAACAAGCCUUUUCUUUUUACAAAAUCAGCUGAACGGUUUAGGUUAAAUUGAAGCAUUUACCAUCUUAGUACAAAUUGCACACAAUCUUUUAGUUUUUAUGUUACCCUCAAAUUCACUGCCAUGUGUGAAAUGAACACACACACAAACACUUACCAUAUAUGACCAGUGACCUUGAAAUGGGCAGUAAACUUUAAUUUGUUUUAGGGGUGUCAGUGACCCUGUUUCCAUCUGCUCAUUUCACACCCCUUGUAUCUGAAUUGUAUCCUGAGAAGAUUUUUAGCCAAAUGCAUACACAUGUAAGCAGUAAAUGUAUUUCGCAGUAGCCAGAUCAACUCAUAACCUGGUUUCAUAACUUCACCACUUCCUGUAUUGUUCCCCUUUUCCAGUAGUUCUAUGUAAAAGAUGGUUGCCUCAUUAAAAAUUGUGUUAAUGUAGAGUUGUUAAUUUCCUCAGAAUUUCCAUCUGUAGCAGUCAUAGACAAAGAUGUUAUGAUGAAACGUGUGAUGUUUCAGUUGCUUGGAGAGAAAGAAGAGUUUACACAUGUAGAACAUUCAUCUCCAAGUUCCUGAAUUGUUUGAGUGGACCGAAACCAGUUUGAAAUACCUUUUUAGAGCACAGACACCUGCAUUUUAUAUGGAUAAUCUAGCCAGAUAUAUCACAUUCAAGUGUAAAUGGAUUAUAAUUAAAAUUAAUGACCAUGAAAUGCAAAAAAAUGGAGAAUUGAAUGGUACCUGUGGAAAGUGUGUAUAUAAUAGUGACUGCUCAAACGGCAAAGAAAACCUUGUUCUCUGAGUAUCACCAGACGUAAACCCAGAGACAGAGACUGAUUAUUAUUGGCCAUAAAUGCAUAGCUAGAAUAGAUGCACUUUUCGAAACCUCACAAGGAGCUAUUGAAUACGACUCAGGCACAGUUUUUUCAGUUGUGCGGUACAGAAACAGCCUCUGUCAAACCUUUCUCCUGCUGACUCUCCCCUCCCAUCUGCACUCCAUCUCUCGGUCUUUUACUCCCUAUAACACUACACACAUAUAGGACAAACUCACCUUUUUUCCCCCCCUCAUCCCCUCGUUGCUUCUCCACUACCACUUUCCCCCUCCCUUCUCUGCUUAGGAGGAUGUUGUGUCUGCAAAUGGCUUUGAUUUGAUUGGCUGGAUGCUGGGGUCACAUGGGAAAAGCCCACCUCCAUAUAUGGACUGAGCGGGGCUUAGAGAAACGGCAUGGAGAGGCACAGGCAAGGCUGGUCUUAUACACAUACACACACACACUCAUAGCCUUAAGCUGAGUGCCUCCCACAGAUACACACAUAGAGAGAAAUGAGCAUGUUGCCAAACAUGAGAGUCAUGUGGAAGUGAUGAAUUUGUGAGUUUUGGAGGUGAAUUGGAGGCGCUGAUUACUUGUUCUCUAACACUGAGGAAUUAUUGAGGGACAGAAAUGUCUGAGAGAUGCAGUGUUUUGAGGACUAUCACUGCAGCCCUGUGCUGUUUCUACCAGAAGAACUCGGUCAUGAGGGCCAAGUUCUCCAGGGACAAGCAUAUCAUGGAUGGAGCUCCAGAGAAGCUACGCCGGGAGCUGGAGGAAGAGCUGAAACAGUGUGGAGAGGAACCUCGCAGCCAUGCAUGGUACCAUGGAGCCAUUCCAAGACAGGUGGCUGAGAACUUGGUCCAGCGUGACGGUGACUUCCUGAUCCGUGACUCGCUGUCUAGCCCAGGAAACUACGUCCUGACAUGCCAGUGGAAGAACAGUCCCCAGCACUUCAAAAUAAACAAAAGGGUGUUGGGGAUGAAUGAAGCCUACUCACGAGUACAGUACCUGUUUGAGAAAGAGGGCUUUGACAGCAUCCCUGCUCUAGUGAGAUACUACGUGGGUAACCGAGAGCCUGUGUCUGAGGUAGUGGGAGCCAUCAUCUUCCAGCCCAUCAACAGGACGCUGCCACUGAGGUCCUUGGAGGAGAAGUACGGAGUCGGAUCUGUCCAUAUAGAGUCUGGCCAAAGAGAGAAGAAGAACCAGAGCUCCAAACGACUGAGCCUGAAUAUCAUGAACGGACAAGUUGCAGAUCACACCCUUGGCCGUGGAAACCUUCUAAGCAACAGAGAAAAGUGCGGAAGCCAGCCAGCGUGUCUAAACCACGUUCAGGAGAGGAGACGGCCGUUGAAGACCCAUCAGUCUGAGAGUUUCCUUCCGCUCGGAUCAAGGCUCCAGGCCCAGACUCACCAUAUGGAGGACCAGUCGUGCCCAAAGUCUCCUGUAUUCAGGACAGGCAGUGAGCCAGCCCUCAGCCCUACGGUCCCUCGCAAGAUGGCCUUUGAGACACAGGCAGGCGAGGCCAUCCGUGGUUCUGAUAGUCAACUCUGCCCCAAGCCACCUCCUAAACCCAGCAAAGUGCCUUCUACAAGGCAUCCUCACUCGCCCUUUGUAGCUCCGGUACCUCCAGUGAAGCCCCAGAAACACUGGCCUUCUACCCCACAGCAGUCAGUCAGCCCAGUUAGCCCAGACGUGAGCUACUGUGAGCUGAGCCCAUGUAGUCCUGCUGAGCGGGAAAGGAUUAGUGCCUCUAAUGGUUAUGUGGAGAGGUUGAAAGUGGAGGAGAAAAGAAACAGCAGUGGGAGCAUGAAGCUGGAUCGCAGCUCUUACCAUCAUGCCAUUGAAGCCCUGCAGAACAGCAGUGAAGAGGAAGACAAAGAGCAGGAGGAAGAGCAGAGACAAGUCCGACACUCUGGUGCAAAGAAGGUUAGAGGUUUCCGGAGGCCUGUGUUUGAGAUGGUAUCAGCAUUCAGUCCAGGGGAGGUAGAGUUCAGGUUAUUGCCAUCAGAGAAUAAGCCACUGGAAAUGUCUGUGCUGAAGAGAGUCAAAGAACUGCUGGUCAGUCAGGAUCCCAAAACCAUCGCCAAACACAUCCUGCAAGCUGACUGCAAGGUUGCCCGGAUUCUAAAUGUUUCAGACGAAAUGAAAUGUCAGAUGGGCGUGACCUCCGGGCUGGAGUUGGUAACCCUACCACAUGGGAGGCAACUCCGUCAGGAUCUCAUGGAAAGGCAUAACACCAUGGCGAUUGGCGUUGCCGUGGACAUCCUGGGCUGUACAGGGAGCCUCGAGGAGAGAGCAGCCACGCUAAACCGAAUCAUUCUGGUUGCCCAGGAGCUAAAAGACUCCAUGGGAGACCUUUAUGCCUUCUCAUCCAUAAUGAAAGCACUGGACAUGCCUCAGAUCACGAGACUGGAUCACACGUGGACCACCUUACGCAGGAAUUACACACACACUGCCAUCCUUUAUGAGAAAUCUCUCAAACCAUUCUACAAAGGCCUGUAUGACGGGAGUGCAGAGGUUCCACUGAGCAGUGCCACUGUGCCACUGUUGAUGCCUCUCCUCACCCUGAUGGAAAGACCAGCAGUUGCAUUUGAGGGCAUGGAGCUCUGGGAAAGCAAUGACCAGGGUUGUGAGAUCAUGCUGCGCCAUCUGGAGGAGGCCCGUGCUGUUGCACGCAAUGCUGACACCUACUACUAUAACGCCAAGCGGGUCCUGCAAGACUUCUGUCCUGAUGAGGACAUGUUGGAGAUCCUGAAGACAGACUUCCAGAUACGCCUACUCUGGGGCAGCAGAGGGGCCGGGGUAAACCAAACAGAACGACACGACAAGUUCAAACUAAUCCUGACUGCACUGUCCAGAAAACUAGAGCCUCCUGUUAAACAAACAGAACUCUGAGGACAGAAGAUACAGAUCAGUUCAAAGCACCAUGUGGAAGGACAUGAAAUACUCUAAAUGCAGAAUACACAUGGCCCAAUAAAACUACUGUGAAGAAUGGAAGCUCUUUUACAAGUGCUUUGGUACAACAUAUCUUCUAUAAACAGUACUGCAUUCCAAAAGAUUUUAUCCAUACACACACUUUGGAAUAAUACAGCUAAUACAAGAGGGUAUUUUUCUGCUCUAUGGACAGUAUCACGCUUGCAGAGGGGCUAAAGAGACAAAGGUACAAUGAGAGAAGAAAAAGGAAUCGUUCACUUAACAUAAGUUAACGCCAUUAUUUAUAGAUCCAUGGUGAUCAUGAGAAGGACAGAUGGAUCGGAGAACUAUGGCUGUUCUGUAUGUUUAAAAGUGUAUUGCAUAUUUAUACAUUAACAGCUGUCCAGUUUUAGUCUAGAACUGUAUUGUAAAGUAUGAAGUUAUUUCAACAAGUGUGUAAAUGAAAGAAGCAUACCUGUAAAACGGUGUAUAUAAUUGUUAGUAAAGUAUACAUGUGAAUGCUAAACUGUAAUGUAAUAUAGUUUACUCGUAAUUGUCAGCCAUGUAAAUACUCAAUUUUAAUAUCUUUGUAUGAAAUGUUGCAAAUGUAUAGAUAAACAAGUCUAAAUAAAAUGUCUAACUCAACAAAGGCA